AUGUCUUCUAUUCAGGGUAAAAUAGAGAACUUGGUUAUAGAUCAAUUAACAAAGGAGAACCCCAGAGUUGUGGAGGCUUCUGUUUCUGUCUUCCCCUGGCUGUCUCAGUGUGGAGGGGGAGGAAACCAGGGAAUAAAACACGCAGAAUCAUGGAGCAGUAACUGUCACAAGCUGCUGGGCUCUCUUCAUGAUACUCUUGAUCAGCUUUAUGAAGGGGUGGAGUCAGAAGUGGAAGAGAACAAGAGGAAGUCUGAAAAGCUUUCUUUGAGUCCAGUACAAGGCACAGGCAUGGAGAGAAUUGUGGGUUUACACCAUAGGCUGGACAUGUUGUGUGGUUGUCUAGGGGGAAUGCUGAGUACCACGUUCCCAGCUGUUGUGAGGAUUCCUGUACCAGAAGUGAUCGGGUUCAUACAGAGGACGCUGGCAGUCACUGGGAGAGCCUUGCUACUCCGUCCAUCUACCGACCAUCUGCAGUUGCUGUCAGUGUUACCAUUCCUGCACACCUCUGUCCUCAGGGUGCUGUCCUGUCUCAUCUCAAGGUAUGUGUUACCAUUCCUGCACACCUCUGUCCUCAGGGUGCUGUCCUGUCUCAUCUCAAGUUGCCAAAAGAACCUAAUCUCCUAUACCAGCACAGUAAAUCAACUUCUCAUCCAAACUCUGUCCUGGACUAUAACUGAAGACAAAGCAGAUGGUAGGAAAAGACCUUAUGGUAAUUUACGAAAAGAAGUAUAUUCCACACUCGUCGUCUGGGUCCAAACACUUGGUGCAUCCUCUAAUGUUCAUAAUAUUAUAGACCAUUUGUUGACUCAGCUGAAAAGAGAUAUCACUCCAGAUGUUGACGUUAUAAAGCUGGAGACUAGUAAUAAGAAGCCAGAUCAGUACACAGAGCCUCCUAAUAAAAGGAAGAAGGGUAAUAAAGCUGGAUUAGAAGGUGUGUCCACUCAUAAAGCUCUUGACCACUUGGCUAAUUCUGAUGUCUGUCUCUCUGCACUGGCUGCUUUUAGACACCUUCUGGUGGUUGCUGGAAGUUUGUUGAAAGUUCAGAGGAUUAGGGAUAUCCAGGAAAUCACCCUUCCCCUGGCACUGCGUGUCCAGGCCUUCACUGACCAGGGGCCACCUGGGCCGUACUCAGACCCAGAGUGCAGGAGAGAGCUGUACCAUGUGAUCCAGUGUCUGUUUCUGAUCCCGGCGUCCAAGUGUCCGCCCCCUUCCCACUGUGUGAUAAGGCUGUUUACUGGUGGACAGAAUGACCCAGACAGAAAGGUAUCUUCAUUCUGUCAAGAGGCACUCACAAUUUGCGAAGCAGUCAUUCAUCCCAGAGUCCCAUCACUCCAACAAACUAUUCUCUGGACUGUAGAUGGCACCAAAAUCCAAGAUGUUAACAAGACAAGCCAGGUUUCAAAAUCAACUGUUGACAAUUCUUUAUUUAUAAGUGGGAAAAAUAGGCAAUGUGGGGAAUCUAUUUUCACAACGAGUUUCCAAGAUUCACAGUCAGUUGUAAAACAAACAAAUUCCCUAAUAAAAGAUGACUCGAUAGGUAAAUCUGGUGCACCAAGUGACUUGCCUGCUGCCAUGGACAAGCCUACUGCUGAGGAGAACUCUUCAGAAAGUGAGGAAAAAUGUUCUGAUGUUGCUAUGGAAACUGAAGAGAAGGAGGUUAAAAAGAGCAAAACAGUUUCCACAACUGAAAGGUUGACCACCAAAUCAGACGAUAUUUUCACUGAAGCAUCAACAAGUAAAGAUGACACUCUCUUAGGUAAUGGGAAUGAAUUUUUUUCUGUAAUGUCUACACAGCCAACUGGGACUAAAGGAGCUACUGUGGCACCACCUGUAGGGGGUAAUAGAAAUGAAAGGACGGCUACAGCAGUGACACCUGCAGGAGAAUUCCUCAGUGAAGAUGAAGAGACAAAAACCCACAAGCGAAAAUUGUCAGAAAUGGAGGAAAGCAGUGAUCAGGUGGAGAGCAUGUUGGCUAGUUUUGUAGAUGCCCAGCCAGACUCAGACUGAUAGCGACAUUAAUUUGUGGUUUAAAACACAUCACUUGAAGAUAAAUUUGGGACAGCGUCUUUGAUUUUGAAGGAUCACUCGGUGUGAAUUAUGAAGUGUUGACAACAUGUGCAACAAAACUGAGAAAAAGUUGAGAAAUGGUCCACCAUUUGGACAAGAAAAAACUGGAGACAUGACCACUGAUUUUUCGGAAUAUUUCAUGCUAGUCAUGGCAUCUGUUAUUGCUCCAUUGGAAUUCGGGAUGGGGAGGAAGGUCUUGCCCGACAUUUUAGAAAAAAAAUGACCCACAUUUAGUAACAACCUGAGUAAGAUUCUCAAUUAUAGUGGAUCAAAAAUCAAUUAAACAAAGAAAUAAAGUAAUGAAAAAGGUAAAUUAAUAUAAUAAUAAAUUCUUGAGUCUUAUUAUUUUAUUUUAUUUUAUUUAUUUUUUUUUACAAUGUCGGUUUCAGAAAGCGCGUUAUGGUUCUCUAACUACACAAAAUCUUGAAAGCUUUAUUGUGUUAUAUCCUGAAGAAAAAACUUCAAGAGGCUGGACUUGAUGGUUUUUAAAGGCAUGAACUUGGCAGACGUGCAAAGACGGCAUGUCGGGUCCGACAUAAAGAUCAUACGAAGUCGUAUGACGUAAUGU